CACCGUGCAGGUAAACUGAGAAGGGGGUAAACUGCUCAAGUCCGGUCCUCAGGUGCACAGACCUUGUGUCGAGGAGGGUUCAGAUCAGACAGUCACAUCUGUCAGUCAGAACUUGGAACGGACCUUCCUAGUAGAAGAAGGCGGCUACAUUUCCUUUCUGCAGAAUUCAUCAGGAGUGUCGCAACCCCUCCACACUACACCAUGAAGUUCCUUGCAAAACUAAUUUGCUGUAUUUUUUCCUUUUCAUUUCUCGGUGUUUUUGCAGAACUGCAUGCACCAGAAGUCCAAACAAAGCUUGGGAGCCUUAAAGGUGAGUAUGUGAGUGUGAAAGGGAAUGAAAUCGGAGCCCACGCCUUCCUUGGUGUCCCCUUUGCCAAGCCCCCUCUCGGCCCCUUGCGACUGGCUGCACCUCAACCUGUGGAGAGAUGGGAAGGACUGAGAGAUGCCACCAAGCAGCCCAACAUGUGCAUUCAGAACAUGCAGUUUUUUGACGAAUUGGUAGAUUUGCUCGGUGGCACGUUGGCAGACCUUCCAGGCACUUCAGAGGACUGUCUGUACCUGAAUAUUUACACUCCUGCGAACAGAGCCCACAGCGCCAAGCUCCCAGUCAUGGUGUGGAUCCACGGUGGAGGCUUUACAUUGGGGUCUGCUUCAGUGUUUGAUGGUUCUGCUCUGGCUGCCUACCAGGAUGUGGUUGUGGUCCUGGUCCAGUAUCGACUGGGACUUCUGGGCUUUCUCAGCACUGGAGAUGAACAUGUUUCUGGGAACUUUGGCCUUUUGGACCAGCUCCAAGCCCUGAGGUGGGUCAAGGAGCACAUUCACAACUUUGGAGGAGAUCCAGAUCUUGUCACCAUAUUUGGGGAGUCUGCUGGUGGAGUUAGCGUGUCCCUUUUGCUUCUCUCACCAUUGGCUGACGGGCUGUUCCAUCAUGCCAUAGCUGAGAGUGGAACAGCUGCAAUGGAUGUUCUUUUUAUGAAUGAUGUUGUUCCAGUAAUGCAGAUGGUUGCAAACACAUCUGGCUGCAGUCAUGAAAGCACAGAGAAGUUUGGUGAUUGUAUGAGAAAUCUUGAUAUUGAUACCAUUGAGGAAUUUGGGAAGGACCUAACUUUGAGAUUUCCUAUAAUUAUUGAUGGACACUUCCUGACAAAACCUAUAAAUGAGCUGUUCCAUAAAAAAAAAAUCCUCACCCUACCUUUCAUGACCGGCGUAAAUAACCAUGAAGGUGGAUUUGUCCUUGCUAAAUUCUUUGCACCUCCAAACUGGACUGAAGGAAUGGAUCGGGAGCACAUUAUAAACACACUGUUUGCAUUCUACCCUGAUUCCGCAGAUGCAUACAGCAGAGAUCUGAUUGUAAAUGAAUAUGCCAGAGAUGGCAAAGACCGAGUGAAAAACAGAGAUGCAUACACUGAGCUCCUCGGAGAUUCUUUUUUUACCAUUCCAGCAAUUAAAACAGCCAAUGCUCACAGAGACGCAGGUGCCGCCGUAUACUUGUACGAGUACCAGCAUCCUCCUCUGUUCCUGCAGAAAAGAAGGCCUAGCUUUGUUAAGAGUGACCAUGCAGAUGAGAUUUUUUCUGUGCUUGGAUAUUGCUUCACAACUACCCAUGUGAAAUUGUCUGAUGCAUGUACUGAAGAAGAGGAAGAGCUGAGCAGAAUCAUGAUGAGCUACUGGGGCAACUUUGCUCGCACAGGGUCUCCCAAUGGAGACGGCCUUGUCCAUUGGCCAAAGUAUGGAGCAGAAGAGGAAUACCUGGCGAUUGAUUUGAAGAAGCAGGUACCUAGUCAUCACCUGAAGAAGAACCGGUUUGUCUUUGUUACUCAGACUAUGCCAGAGAAGAGGAAGCAGCAUGAGAAAACACUAGAAGUCCAGACAAAGCUUGGGAGCCUUAAAGGCGAGUAUGUGAGCGUAAAAGGGAAGGAGACCGGAGCCCAUGCUUUCCUUGGUGUCCCCUUUGCCAAGCCCCCUCUCGGCCCCUUGCGACUGGCUGCACCUCAACCUGUGGAGAAAUGGGAAGGACUGAGAGACGCCACCAAGCAGCCCAACAUGUGCAUUCAGUAUAUGGAGCUUGUAAAAGAAUUGUUUGGAAAACUUGGAGGCAUUGCAGCAAAUGUUCCUGGAAUUUCAGAGGACUGUCUUUACCUGAACAUUUACACUCCUGCAAACAGAGCCCCUGAUGCCAAGCUUCCAGUCAUGAUGUGGAUCCACGGUGGGGGCUUAACUCUUGGAGCUGCAUCGAUGUACGAUGGUUCUGCUCUGGCUGCCUACCAGGAUGUGGUUGUGGUUCUGGUCCAGUAUCGACUGGGAUUUCUGGGCUUUUUCAGCACUGAAGAUGACCAGAUUUCUGGGAACUUUGGCUUUUUGGACCAGAUCCAAGCCCUGAAGUGGAUCCAGGAGCACAUUCACAACUUUGGAGGAGAUCCUGAUUCAGUCACCAUAUUUGGGGAGUCUGCGGGUGGAGUGAGCGUGUCCCUUUUGCUUCUCUCACCAUUGUCCGACGGGCUGUUCCAUCGUGCCAUCGCCGAGAGUGGAACAGCAGCGUUAGAGACACUGCUUUUGAAUGAUCCUGCACCAGUAAGGCAGAUGGUUGCAAACGUAUCUGGCUGUAGCCUUGAAAAUCCGGAGAAGAUCAGUGACUGCUUGAGAAACCUUGAUAUUGAUACCAUAGAGGGAUUUGGAAAGGAGAUACUUCUGCAAUUUCCUCUAAAUAUUAAUGGGCACUUCCUGAAAAAACCUAUGAACGAGUUGUAUCGUACACACGAACUCCUCACUGUACCAUUUAUGACUGGCAUAAAUAAUCAUGAAGGUGGAUAUCUUCUUGGUGAUGCCUUUGCACCUCCAAACUGGACUGAAGGAAUGGACCAAGAGGCAAUUUUAAACAUGGUGUCCAUGUUUUACUCGGAUCCCAAAGACGCACUGAUCAGAGAUCUGAUUGUAAAUAAAUAUAUCGGAACUGGCACAGACCGUGUGAAAAACAGAGACGCAUUCACUGAGCUGCUUGGAGAUUUACUGUUUUUUAUUCCAGCAAUCAAAACUAUUAAUGCUCACAGAGACGCAGGCGCUGCGGUAUAUUUGUACGAGUACCAGCAUCCUCCCAUAUUCCUGCAGAAGAAAAGGCCUAGCUUUGUUAGAAGUGACCACGGAGAUGAAAUCUUUACGGUGUUUGGAUUUUGCUUCACAACUACCCACAUUAAAUUAGUUCAUGCAUGUACUGAGGAAGAGGAAGAGCUGAGCAGAAUCAUGAUGAGCUACUGGGGCAACUUUGCUCGCACAGGGUCUCCCAAUGGAGACGGCCUUGUCCAUUGGCCAAAGUAUGGAGCAGAGGAGGAAUACCUGGCAAUUGAUUUGAAGAAGCAGGCAACUGGUCAUCAUCUGAAGAAGGACCAGUUCAUCUUUGUGACUCAGACUCUUCCAGAGAAGAGGAAGCAGCAUGAGGAGAAUAUGGAUCGCAUUGAGCUGUAAUAAACUCCCGUCUAGAUGGUGGAAUAAAUACA